CAUGCUCAGUUUGUGUACACUCGACAAGUUUGAAGGCUGCGCUGUGUGGGGGCCGAGGUCAUUGCACUGGAGAGAAGAAGAAGAAAAAAAAAACCUCCCUUCGCUACAGCGCCUCCAUUUUGAAUAGCCAUGUAAUAGGGGAUUGGCAUAGUUAGUGUGAGUGCAAGUGUGUGUGUGUGUGUGUGUGUGUGUUCGUGCGCGCGGCUGUCGCUCCGCUGAGCUGCGUAGUGUCAACAACCUACAGUCGAACAACCGUCGACAUGGACGACCUGUUCAGCCCACGGAGGAGUUUGAACAACACUCAAGGCGAGAUAAGAGUGGGACCAAGUCAUCAGGCAAAGCUUCCUGAGCUGCAGCCUCGGCCUGCACCAGCUUCCCAUUCUCAGACGGAGAGUGAGGAGCUCAUGUGGACACCUGGGGUCAAUGACUGCGACCUUCUCAUGUACCUGAGAGCUGCCAGGAGCAUGGCGGCGUUUGCGGGUAUGUGUGAUGGAGGAUCCACAGAGGAUGGAUGUUUAGCCGCCUCUCGUGACGAUACGACGCUCAACGCUCUUAACAUGUUGCAUGCAAGUCAUUACGAUGCUGCAAAAGCUCUCCAGCGUCUGGUGAAGAAGCCUCUGCCAAGGCUUAUUGAGAAAUGCUGGUCUGAGGAUGAUGUGAAACGCUUCAUCAAAGGCCUCAGACAGUAUGGAAAGAACUUUUUCCGGAUUCGAAAAGACUUCUUGCCCAGCAAAAAGACUGGAGAGCUGAUCACAUUCUAUUACCACUGGAAAAAAACUCCAGAGGCUGCAGGAACGCGAGCUUAUCGACAACAACGCAGGCAGCCGUCGUCUCGAAAGGCAAAGACCCGCUCAGCUGCUGCUCCCGUGAGCGCCCCGUCUCGAAAUUACUCUGUGGAUGCAAGUUCAGCCAGUGAGGACGAACUUGACAGUGAAGAUAGUGAACAGGAAGUUAAGAGCUGCAGCCACUGCGGUACAACACGUUCUAAGGAUUGGCACCAAGGAGGGAGAUACAACCCUUUGCUAUGUACAACCUGCCGCACGUAUGAAAACAAGCACGGCUGUCUGCCGCCGGCACAGAAGUCUUCGGGCGCGUCAUUCAUGUUUAAACCCGUGAAAGGGGAAGAGGAGGGGAACAGUAAACACGGCAUGAGGACACGGCGAAGCAGAGCACCUCAGUUGUCAUCUUUAAGAAGCGGCCACAGGAGACUCACCGGCUCUCCCACGAGCGAGGAUCAACAAAACAUGCCCCAGAAUUCCCAGACCGGGAUGAGAGCAUCUACCACAGACAGUAAGAAUGACUCCACGAAGAAGAAUAACAAGAAGGUGAAAGAAGAGCCAGCCACACCAAAGACAAUGAAACGAGUGCGGGAGAGUCCUCCUCAGGAGCUUCACGAGCCUGAAAAAAUCAAACCCAAAAGGCCAAAGACUCAGGAGCCGCAGGAUUCCCGUUCCGAGGUGGAGGCCGAGGUGGAGGAGGAGAGCUCCUCAGAAAGCCGCAGUGCUCAGGACGAUGGCAGCAGCGACACCAAAGACAUCGAUCAGGACAACCGCAGCUCCUCCCCCAGCAUUCCCAGCCCUCAGCAGGGCAACGAGAGCGACUCCGACUCUUCUGCCCAACCGAGCGCGAUUCCCCCGAAACCUGCCGCACCGCCGGCCGCCCAGGCCGACACAGCGGUCCCGCAGGCCCCUCCCUCUCAGGGCCCAGCUGUCAUUCCACCGCAAAGCACUCCCAAUUCUGGCUCACCUCCUAGUCAGCCCUCUGCAUCUCCAGACCCACCUCAGCGAGCCGCUGACGAGUCUGCUGUCAAUUUGGGCCCGAGCAACCGACCUCUGCCCACCCCUCAUUCUCUCUGUGGUGCACUGCCGCUUCCACUCCCGGUGGGGCAGGACUCGCCUCUGUCGUCUGCAUUUCAGGUGCCACCUGCUCUCAGCUCGGUGUCCUCCCAGUUGCCACCAACCCAGAGACCCCCACCCUUCUUUAGGGAGUCACAGCUGCCUCAGCCUCCCCUUUCCGGCCCCCAAAUCAAGCCUCCUCCCACCACCCCGAUUCAACCUUCCCACAAGCAGAUACCACACCAGCCCGCUCCAACCUUUCCCCAGAUGCCCUCCAACCUGCCUCCUCCACCUGCUCUAAAACCUCUCAACUCUCUGCCCAAUCAGCAUCCUCCAGGCGCGCCCCCUCCACCUCUUCAGCUGAUGCCCCAGUCUUUGGCCAUGCAGACGCUUUCCGGCCAGCUUCCGGUGAUUUCUCAGGCGCACGCUCACCCUGGAAAGAGUACCAGUUCCCCUCAUCCAUCCAGCGCGUCCUCGCAGGCUCUCCCCUCCGCUACCCCGGCAGCAUCAGUCGGCCCCGUCCCCAGCGGGCAGCCAGCCUUCCCACCUACUGGGCUGAGAUCAUCGCCGAGCGCUACGGCGGGAGCGCCUCAAAUACAAAUAAAAGAGGAGCCGCUGGAUGAGAUGGAGGAAGCAGAGAGCCCACCAUCUCCAGCUCGCAGCCCUUCGCCAGAGCCUACCAUCAUCAACAUGGCCAGCCACGCCAGCCAGUCUGCACGGUGUGUCUUCACUUUUUCCGCACUCU